AUGGCGGAGGAAGAAGUCGGAGUUCGAGCUCGAGCUCGAGUUCGAGUACCGAGUACCGAGUCUAGCUCGUUUCUUUCUCAAAGCCAAACUUAUGCUCUGUUGAAGCACCAAAUGGAAGUGGCAGCAAAAUCUGAGGAGGAAGCGAGGACGGUGGGACAGCUGCGCAGUGAGCGCUUGGCAAAUUUGAUUGGGUGUUGCUGUGAAGGCGAUGAGAGACUCCUUGUUGCCGAGUUCAUGCCUAAUGAGACUCUCUCUAAGCAUCUUUUUCAUUGGGAUACCCAGCCUAUGAAAUGGGCAAUGAGAGUGCGGGUGGCUUUGUAUCUAGCACAGGCCUUAGAAUAUUGCAGCAGCAAAGGGCAAGCACUAUAUCAUGAUCUUAAUGCUUAUAGAGUCUUGUUUGAUCAGGAUGGUAAUCCAAGACUCUCCUGCUUUGGUCUUAUGAAGAAUAGUAGAGAUGGCAAGAGCUAUAGUGCCAACCUGGCUUUCACCCCUCCGGAAUACUUGAGGACAGGUACUAAUCAUAGUCACAGAGAGUGCAAUCUUCAUUCUUAUAAUAUAACUUAUGUUUACUUUUGCGAAUUUCUAAGUAGCUCAUAAUUGAUUUUGUAUAAUUUGGACAACCAGAACGAUGCCUUUCCCACCACAUAUAUAAAUUUUUUACAGAAUCUUUCAACAUAUUGCACAAAAUUAUUCAAAUGGAGCAAUAAUUAGUUAUUCAUUUUCCCCUGCCAGGAAGAGUGACAUCAGAAAGUGUGGUUUACAACUUUGGAACCCUGCUACUUGAUUUGCUAAGUGGAAAACA